AUGAACGACCAUACGCUUCAGAUUGACCUGGAGAAUCGCAUAUCUGCAUACCUCGAUGGCGAUGCUGCCACUCGAUGGAUGCUAGAUAUCAAACAACAGCUUGAGGAUGCUACCAUUUUUGAGGAAGAUGGUGAGAUCAUACCAGAAGACGGUGGCUUUGCCUCCUCCAUUGGUUGUGAAGAGACCUUGUUCAAUGUCACCAUGGACAUGAACAUCGAUGAGUUCGAAUCCGAUGAGGCCUCUAAAAGGUCUCUAGCAAGUUCACCCGAUCGAGUAGAUCUGCGACUGCUCCAUGAGCCCUUGCCUCUAGAUCUGCAACGGUGCAGAAGGACUUAUUGA